AAACAUACUUAUUUCUGCACUUCACUCCUGGCUCGCAGGUGUUAAGAAUUUAAAUUUUUUGUUUGUUUUGAACAAACACCAAAACACUGUUUUCGAGCAUAGAUAAAUUGCUCUAGGACCAAGCAGUUAGAACUCACAGUAAUCCCAAUAAUUUAUGAUGUUUUUUCGUGUACAUGUCUUAUUUGUUAUUGUUUUUAUAGUAUCUCGCUCCCUGCCAGGUUGUUGUCUAGAGAAAGGGCGAUUUUUCGAUGGCUCAUUUGUAACUUUGUUAGACAAAGCUUUGCUCGGUGCUCCGACGAAAACAAGUUUCGCGCAAAACUAUCUCGAGUGUGUCUUGUACUGCCUUCAGCUCCCAAGAUGCUUUUCCGUGAACUUUCAAAUCUCAGCUACACGCCAAGGAAAGUGUGAUAUGUUUGAUCGAAUCCUGUCCAACCAAGACCUGCACCAGGAGACUGUCCUCGAAAACAAACAAGGAUUCGUGUUCGCUCAAAUGGUUGCACCCGUUUCGAAGCCACGUUCCUGUCUGGCGUACGGACGAGCCGGCGUGCGAGUGUCUGGCAUCUACGACAUCUACGACAAGGAUGAUACAGUGUACCCCGCCUAUUGCGACUUCACGAGCGAGCCUGGGUCCGCGUGGACCCUUCUCAUGUCCGAAUACACAGUACUCUUGAACUUGUUUAAGAAAGUCCCUUUGUACACCAACCUACCUUUGCUCGAAGACAAGGCAUCUUUUAGUGGUUAUCGUCUGUCCCUUGAUCGCAUGAAAGCGCUGCGCGAUGCAUCUACUCAUUGGAGGAUAACAUGCAGCUUUCCCCAGUACGGCGUGGACUACAGAGAUUAUGUGCGAGCGAGAUUCUCUGACUUUGAUAUGAUUGAGUUUAAAGGCGACAAGGUAUGCAAGAAAGUGGAGUAUAUGAAUAUUAUGGGGCAUAACUGCACAGGAUGCCAGGCUGGCUGGUGGCAAGGCGAUGCGUCGCAAUUUCACCAUGACAGCUCGGUAGACAUUUGCCAAUUUGGCAAAACUCCCGGCGCCAUUAACAGUCAGGAUAAUUUUGGGUUAUAUAACGCGUACAACGACAAGUUCCGAUGUGUAAGCGGCUCUCAGUCAAGCACUAAUCACUGGGUAGGAGGCUAUCUAUAAGGGGGAGGGGUAAGUGGGGUGUUUAAUCCCUUUUGUACUUUCUCUCAGGGAGACCAGCUAGCCUGCAGGUAGCAUGAAUUGAUAAGUUUAUCGACUAGCGAGUUAGAAUUAUAGCCGGCUGUCAUUUGGAUAUAUACGAAAAUGUCUAGUUUUCCAACUCGUGAAGGCCAGAGUGUGCAAACGUUUCAGUGUACUUCGUCCCCGGAUUCUAGAAUGUUCUAGAAUAUUUCAGAAUUAGCCCAAAAUUGAAACAAUGGGUGAUACUCUCACCCCCGUUUACGUAGUUCGUGAAACGAUUAUUAUUAUUUAAUCCUUUUAUCUGCAUUCCCUGGAGGGUUCUUAGCCCCCUCCCCCCCCCCCCCCACUCUUCUAAAAGGUUCGUCAAAUGUUAUUGUGUUAUGAUACCUAUGACUGCCCCCCUUUCCUCAAACAAAAUCUUGGUUACGUACGAUGAAAAGGUUCUUAUUACUCACAAUAAUUACCGAGAAGGAUAUGUUAUUGAAAAGACUAAUUAGCUUGACUGGAUUCCGGUUUUUCAUCCCCAAACAAAAAGGACACGAAUUUGUAGAUAGCCAGAAGAAUUUCUUUCUUUAUAACGCAAAUUAUUCGCAAAAUUUAAUAAUCCUGAUAACAUAUAUGAUAAGUAGAGAAUACUACAUGGAAAGUGCGCGCGUACGGAUUUUAUUCACGAGUUGUGCAGUAUCAAAAAUCGAACGAGUGAGCGCAGCGAACGAGUGAGUUUUUUUGAUACAAAACAAUGAGGAAUAAAAACUGUACAAAGCACUUUCCAUGCUGUAUUUUUUUAUUAUAUACAUACUGAGAAAUUUAUAAUAAGCUUAUUACAUAACAUUUUGUUAGACCUGGCUGCAGAGGCUCCGAGGUUUGUGCUGUUCGACGGUUUAGUUGAAGACAGACAGAAACUUACAUUGAAAUGAAUCUGUCUCGCUAAUGUCACGCACGAGACUGUGAUGUUAGAUAGCGUUUUAACAGUAUUACAUCUCGCUCGGUUUUUCCCUUUGUAUUAUUGUUUUCAAGACUUUCUACAUAAUCCUCUACAGUGUCAUUGAGAGUAGCAAAUCUAUAGUCUUCCAUUUUGAACGCUUUGUAUUUAAUUUUCACAGUAAAAUUUCAUUCUCUCGCUCAAUGAAGCACAAUAACAAAAGUGACAUGCAAAGCUACCCGUCUCCCCGCGUUGGGAUUGAAGCCAUUCAAGUGCAUUGAAAAAAUAUCGUUCGUCCAAUCAGAACCGCGGACUACUUUUCUUCACGGUGAAAAAACAUCGUUAGCGCCUCUGAUUUGCUGAGACCAGUGAACGAACGAACGAAAAUUUACUGAAUAUGUUUUCAGUGAGUAUUUCUCAGUAUGUAUAUAAUAAAAAAGUAUAAAUAAAAAUAGUCUAGGUUAAAACAUUAUGGAUGUAUAACAAAUCAUAUCAAUAGCCACAGUGUAAGAAGAGGAUAAUAAGAAGUUUUGUAGACGUUUAUUCAACGGUGAAACGAG